AUGAUGAAAGCUCUAACCUACUUAAAGCCUGGUGUCAUCAGAUGGCAAAACGUUGCCAAGCCAAAGCUUCUUAAAUCUACCGAUGUUAUCGGUAAGUUGGUUGCAACUACUAUUUGUGGUUCUGACCUUCAUAUUAUUAAAGGUGAUUGCCCAGAAUCCACCGUUAUCGCAGAAAACAACCCUGGAAGAGGUCUUAUUUUAGGCCAUGAGGGUAUUAUUAAGGUGAAGGAGGUCGGAUCGGAUGUGAAGAAGUUCAAACCUGGUGAUGUUUGUAUCGUUUCCUGUAUUACAUCAUGUGGUAGCUGCUACUAUUGCAAGAAUGAUCUUCAGGCUCAUUGCAUGAACAGUGAGGGUACUUCUGGUUGGAUCUUGGGUCAUGAGAUCGAUGGUACUCAGGCUGAGUACAUGAGAGUUCCAUUUGCUGAUUACUCUAUGUACAAGGCUCCAAAGGGAAUCUCCAACGAUUCUCUUUUGAUGUUGAGUGAUAUCUUACCUACUUCUUACGAGGUUGGUGUCAUAUCUGGUCAAGUCAAGGAGGGUGAUACUGUUGCCAUUGUUGGUUUAGGUCCUGUCGGUCUUUCCGCUUUGAUUGGUGCCAAGGCACUCAAUCCAAAGGAAAUUAUUGCAAUUGAUAUGGAUGAUGCAAGAUUGGAAGUCGCCAAGAAGCUUGGUGCCACCAAGACCGUCAACCCAAGUAAGACCGAUGCCGUUGCCUUUGUCAUGGAAAACACCAAGAGUGCUGACAAGAAGCCUGGUGUCGAUGUCGCCAUUGAGUGUGUCGGUGUCCCAGCCACAUUUGAGAUGUGCGAGGAUCUUAUUGGCCCAGGCGGUGCUGUCGCCAACGUUGGUGUCCACGGUAAACCUGUCUCUUUGAAGUUGCAGGAUCUUUGGAUUAAGAACAUUAAGAUCACCACUGGUUUGGUCUCCGCUUAUUCAACUGCUGACUUGUUGCACAAGGUCAUUAAGGGUGAUUUGGAUCCUUCUCCAUUGGUUUCUCAUCACUUCAAGAUGAACGAGUUUGAGCAUGCUUACGAUAUCUUUAAGAAUGCUUCUGCUAACAACGCUAUCAAGAUGGUUUUGACCAACGAUAACUAA